AUGAAGCUGGAAGAAAGCUCUAGAGGUGAGGUGAAGGUGAGCCGUGCAACUGCAGCUGCUGAGCACGACCAUGCGGGGGCCUGGCCGGCCAUGGUGCUUAUAUUGCUCGCGCACGCGAGAGAUGGGCGGCACGUGCAUGUGAUGUGGCCGCGCAGCCUGCAACUGCGUGACUUGCGCGGUGGCAAAGCUAAGGACAGCGUGUACGGAGGAACAAGCUACGGCAUGUGCCGCUGCGUCGUCUCGCCUUGGACUCUGAUGGCAUGCCAUGCCAAGACCCAAGAGACAAGAAUAGAGAAGGUUGUCGUCAGGAGGCUGUGCCGGCAGAGGAGCAUCCUGACCGUGAACGGGCAGUUCCCCGGGCCGACCAUCCGCGCGAGCAGGGGCGACGUCCUCGUCGUCAACGUCCGCAACCAUGGCGACAAGAACAUCGUCAUCCACUGGCACGGCGUGGACCAGCCGCGGAACCCGUGGUCCGACGGGCCGGAAUACGUCACGCAGUGCCCCAUCCAGCCCGGCGCCGCCUUCGCCUACCGCGUCAUCCUCUCCCAGGAAGAGGGCACGCUCUGGUGGCACGCCCACACCGGCUUCGACCGCGCCACCGUCCACGGCGCCAUCGUCGUCCUCCCCAAGCGCGGCGCCGCCUUCCCCUUCGCGCAAUCUGCCGCGGUGGAGGAGACGCCACCCAUCAUCCUCGGCGAGUGGUGGCGGGACGACGACGCGAACCAGCUCCUGGAGGACACCGGCCGCGACGUCAGGCCUUCGGACGCCACCACCAUCAACGGCGAGCCCGGCGACCUGUUCCCGUGCUCCACGCCCGGCACCGUCAGGGUGCGCGUGGAGCGCGGCAGGACGUACCUGCUCCGGGUGAUCAACGCCGGGCUCACCAACGACAUGUUCUUCGCCGUCGCCGGGCACCGCCUCACCGUCGUCGCCACCGACGCCCGCUACGCCAAGCCCUUUCCCGCAGACCACAUCAUGGUCGCCUCGGGCCAGACCGUCGACGCGCUCCUCCACGCCGCCGGCGGGCGGUACUACAUGGCCGCGCGGACCUUCGCUUCCAACACCAACGUCGACUUCAACAACAGCACCGCCACGGCCAUCCUGGAGUACGCGGACGCGUCGCCCGCCCCGCCGGUGUUCCCCGCCGCCCUGCCGGCCGUCGACGAGCGCCUGCUCGUGACGAUGGCCGUGAACCUGCUCCCCUGCGCCGCGCCGAACGCGACGUCGUGCGCCGGCCCCCGCGGCGACCGCCUCGCGGCGAGCCUCAACAACGUGAGCUUCCAGAACCCCGCCGCCGGCGACAUCCUCGGCGCCUACUACCGCGGCGCCGCCCGCGGCGUGUACGACGCGGACUUCCCCGACGAGCCGCCGUCCCGCUUCAACUUCACCGACCCGGGGAUCCCGGCGGCGGGGCUCGUCGGGCCGUUCACGGAGCGGGGCACCAGGGUGAAGGUGCUCGAGCACGGCGCCGCCGUGGAGGUGGUGUUCCAGGACACGGCGGUGCUUGGCACGGAGAGCCACCCCAUGCACCUGCACGGGUUCAGCUUCUACGUGGUGGGGCGGGGGCUCGGCAACUUCGACGAGGGCCGGGACCCCGCCGGCUACAACCUGGCUGACCCGCCGCGGCAGAACACGGUGGCCGUGCCCAAAGGCGGCUGGGCGGCGAUCCGCUUCCGAGCGACAAAUCCCGGGGUGUGGUUCAUGCAUUGCCACUUCGAUUGCCACGUCGUGUGGGGAAUGGACACCGUGUUCAUCGUCAAAGACGGCAGAAAUUCCUAGUGCACUGUUGCAUGACAAUAAAGCAAAGUCGCAGAAAAUCGAUUGUCCACUCUGACAUGUUAGAGCGAAUUUAGAUCACAUUAUUUAUCAUUCAUGGUUUCAGAGCAUGAUGACUGCAAUUGACAACAAGUCUUGAAACUCUGCAUACUGUUGCUA